UUUUAUCAUAGGGUGAAGUAAACAAGUUGGGAUUUGUUUGAAGAGAACUGCAACCAAGAGCACGGUCAGUUCAGACCAAGAACCAAGAACCAAGGUCUGCUGAAACCUCAAACCUUUUCUGGGUUUUUGCAACAUCUUCAGCGUCUUAAACAGCUGGAUCAAUGGAGAACCACUUUCAUUUUCAGAUCCUCGUCCUGUUUCUCCACACUGGACUCUGUACUGGGUGUGGCCCAGCAGAGUACCUGAGAGGAGAGAAGUGCUGCCCCAUGUGUCCCCCUGGAAACCGGGUCCAUGCACAUUGCACUGAAUUCACAACCACUCAAUGCAUUCCUUGUACUGGUCCCACAUACCUUGACCAGCCUAACGGACGCUCAAGCUGCUUUCCAUGUACAACCUGUGACCCAGUUUCAGGUUUGAAGCUCAAGCAGGGUUGCACAUCCACAUCAGAUGCUGUGUGUGAACCACUUCAGGGAUACUUUUGCAAAUUACCAAUUAACCAAGGAUGUAAAGUUGCCCAGAAACACAGCAGAUGUAAACCUGGACAAUAUAUCAGUCAGCAAGCAACAUCAUUCAAAGACACUGAAUGUUCAGACUGCACUGCUGAUACCUUUUCCACUGGAUCAUGGACAUUCUGCAAACCACACACAAAGUGUGAAUCACUGGACAUGGUCCAACUCAGUCCUGGUAACCAUUCAUCAGAUACUACUUGUGAAAGAUUAAAGUCUGGAGUCAUGGUUGACGUCAUUAUUGGAGUAAUAGUGGGAGUCAUUAAUAGUGUCAUUAUUCUCAUUUUUGUUAAAAUGUUUCCUGAGAGAUCCAUCAGCAAUUUUCUAAUUCUUUUUAGUCUGGGUUCACUUGUCCCUGAUGUCCUCUUUCUUCCAUUCACUAUGGUCACAUUUGAAAUGAGGGUGGGUUGGUUUUUUAGUUUUGGCUUCAUGUUUUUUCUAAACAUACUUACAGGAUACACUGUCUCUAGGAUUAUUGAGUGGUGGUGGCCCUAACUAAUGGGGAUCCCAAUAAACGUAAUAAACCAACAUUGGACUGUGGCUUUCAGGAUUCAAAGUGUGAUUACAGAAGUGUCCAGAGGAGGGAAGCAGCAUUGAGUUGAGACUCACAGUCUGACUAAAUACAAGAACAGGUGUUAGCAUCGGUGUGGGAUUUCUAUUAGAAUGCCUUAUUACAGAGUAAAAACAAUAUCCCUAAAAUGUAAGUGAAAUAAAAUUCUCUUCAACAUGA